CAUAGCAUCUCAAUUAUCAAGGACCCUGCUUCCGAGCCAUCAGCUCUCCGUACUCUGAACUCCCUGUCCGAUGCCUCUAAUGAGGAGAUAAAAGUAUCAAACAAAUGUAAUGGAUCAGCUGGAGCCUGUGAUGGCACAAAUAUGAAUCGGCAAACCAUAGAUCAUAAUGCUUCUAACCACUCUACGGCCUCUAUUUCUGAUAACUCUGAAGUAGACUUUGAUGAUUCUUCUCAAAGUAAGCAGGAUGAACUGAAUCAACAACUAUAUGUCAAAGCUUUAAGUCAGGCAAAUGAAGGAACAAUUGUAACACAAGAGAGUGAAGAUUGUCCUCUUCCAGAACUUGAGUCGCAUGAGUUGCUAGGCUGUGUGGAAAAGGUACAGCUUCAAGACCACGAGGACGAGAAUGAAGGUGAUAAGAAUUCGGGGCCUCAAGUACAAGAACGUCAGUUCCUUGCUCUAAGCAAUGAAAUCGCUAACUACAGGAUGCCCUAUAAAGCUUCUGACAAUAUUCGACUACGUUCAUUGCCCAUCCAAGGUUUAGACCCGGUUGAGCUAAGUUGUGGUACCAGAACUAAUGGGGCUAGCGGUAAUACUUUUGGCAUAACAAGUGCAGCCAGUAACUCGCGAAGACGGACGCGACGCCGAAGAAAACGUUGCAAAGGAGGAAGUCGGAGCAAUAUUAGUGGGACAAAUCAUGGUGGUGGAAUUUUUCUGUCUUCUCUGGAUGUUAACUCUUCUCAACCAACAAGGGAUUCGAACUGCGCCACGGUAGCAAUAACCAAUGAAUCCUUGCUCGACUCAUCUCCACAGGCUCACAUUGCAGAUCAUAAUUCGGCUAUGAUUGCAAAUAUUCAUUCAUAUGCAUCAUUUCAUAGCAAUCAACAGUUUAAAUCUGCAAGCGAACUUGAGGAGCUUAUGCAUUCUCAUGGGGCCUUCUUUCCAGAGUGGUCACGAAUAGCAGGAGUAAGUACUAAAUACUUUUAG